GCUCGCAUCCCACAACCAGCCUGCCGUCGCCGCAGCUUUGGCCUCCUCGCUCCCUCUCAUCACGUCGUCGGUUCGGACACUGCCGCGUUUCUGCCUGUCGUCGUCGGCUCUCUGCUGUCGAUCCCACCUCUGUCUCCUCCAGUCUUGCCGCUCGGUCGUCCCGUCCCCUGUCCUCUGAAACAUGUCCGGGCCCGAUCGUCCCGCCACGGUCGAUGAGAUCCUCGACAUGGUCGAAGAUACCGACUUUCAUCCCCAAGCAUCGUCCGACCUGUCCAUUUCGUCGUUCCUUCCCCCGUCGUCGCUCCUGGGCACGGCAUCCCAUACCCCGCACCAGUCGAGCCUGUUUUCUCCCGGGUCCUCUAUCGUCUCGUCUGCUCCGGCUCUCCAUGGCCAGCUGCCUGGCUCCGUCGCAUACUCGGUCCCAAAGUCGCUGAAUCCUCAGCCGAGCAUGCUGCUCUCUCUCGACAGAGUGGACCCAGGCCUGGACAUUGCGGUCUUGUCCCCUGCUGCCGAUGCUGCCGAUACUGUUGCAGAGCCGUCACUGCUCUCUGGCUCGUCCACCCGCCCUGUGCCCUCAGAGACCAUUCUCAAUCCCUUCAUGGGCUCCUCGAUAUCGAUUGUGCCCAUCACCGACCCGAUGCCGCAGCCCGCCGGCCCGAUGCUGGGUUCCAUGCCCUCGGUCCCCGAGCUUUCCUCGACCGAGGUCCAUUUCCCUCUCACUGAUUCGCUCGCUGCCACUAGUGCCUCCGCUCAUCUUCUGUCUCCUUCGUUCUCGACCCUGACUUUUGAGGGCGUGGCAUCGCCUCCGACGGAGCGUGCCGAGAUUCAGAGCCAAAAAUCACUCCUGGACCUGGCUGCUGCUCGCUCUGGGUCCAACGAGCAGCCCACUGAUGGUGUCUCGGCCGACCAGCUGGGUGCGACUCCUCAGCGACCGCUUCUCUCAACCCAGCCGAUUGCCAUCAGCCGCAUCAAGCGCAACCCCUCCGCCGAGCUCCUUGUGAAUGCAUCGGUCUCGAGCCACACCUCGCUCAUCACCGCUGCCCUUGCGUCGGCGCGGUCGCCGUCGGGCACUUCGCACAAAUCGGCAUCCAUUGCCCAACUCAAGCUCGAGGCCACCAGCCCGCCUGUCCAAGCACCUCCGCGUUCUAGUCCGUCGAUCGGCCCUGACGCCAAUGUGCUUGCCGAUGUUCUUGCCGACGUGGCUGUGAACAACCCAGGCCUCACCGAAAUGCCCGCUUCGUCCCUCGAGGCUGAGGUCGCAGUUCCCCUGCGUGAUUUAUCUCCGGUGGACCAGCCAGCCUCGCCUCUGCCCGAGUUGGGGCUGCCCCAUGUCCCGCUCACAGAGCCUCUCUCCAAGGAGCAGACCAUAUUCGUCUCGCUUCAGAUUCAAGGGCUUCCUGUCCGCAAGUCGGGCUACUUUAUCAGGAAAGUGCUCAACUCCUCCACGCCGUCGGUCAAGUCUACAUCGACAACAAAGUCGCAGCAUAUCCCCACAGGCACCCACGAGCACGGAAAGAAGAACUGGAUCAAGCGGUUCGCGCCAGAUGGCUUCUCGCUCAAGUUUUCCAAGCGCAAGUCCGGCAUCAACGCCACGAACGAAUGGGGCGACCGGCACGGCUUCAUGCCCUUGGACCCCAUGGAGGAGGGCAUGAUCUUCUAUACCGAGGUCCGUGGUAACUACCUGGUCUUUUACGACCUCAGCGACCGCAACUCUGCUUACCUGUCGACCAAGAAGAGCGCCCUUCUGGCCUACUCGCCCAACCAGUCGCAGUCCUCGGCGGCCUUCCCGCCCAUCAAAAAGUCGCCCAGCGUCAACUUCACGACCAGCUACGGCCGCGAGCAGGCCCGUGACGGUUCCGAGGGCCGCCGCUACAACAACAUCUUCUUGCGCAUCAAGAAUGCCCGCAACCACGGCGCCCGCGACAUGAGUAUCGGCACCAGCACGGGCCCCUACAACAGCCAUCGCCAUGCCCACAACUCGGACAUCUCGCCCUCGGCCUCGCCGACGACACACCAAUUUAUCGCACCCGAGCGCGCGCGCCGCCCCUCGAUCGAGAGCCAAAAGUCGCUGGCCAGCCUGAGCUACGCGGAACUCAAGUCCUCGCCAAAGACACUCGUGGGCUACAUGAACCUUGCCGGAGCGCGUAUCGAGGUCACCAACUCGACCUUCUCGACGGUCAACCCGGGCUCGGUGUCGUCCCUGGUCUCGUUCACCUCGAACGCCAACCAGAUCAUCGUCACAACUCGCUCCGUCCAGAUCGACGGCAAGUCCUACUGCGACCAAGUCAUGCUCGAGCUGCUCUCAUCCGACGAGGCCUUUGAUCCGUCCAGCCGUCCCGCUGGAUCCCCGUUCACUCCACAUGUCUUCUACCAGACAGAGCUGCAGGAGUGGGCCAAUGUUAUGUACUCGGUUAGCACGCAGGAUCCCAGCUCGGUGCUGGAUCUCGGCGAUCUCUAUUCCCGCGACUCGAUGUUCUUUGCCUCCAACCCGACCUCCCGAGCCAACUCGACCCAGGUCACCCCGCAGAACUCGUAUGUCGGUCGCGACCACCACCUCGCCGAGCUGGUGGGCGAUGCUCACUCGCUCGAAGUCGCGCCUCGGCGCGUCUCCUCAAUCCCUGCCAGCAGCAUGCCUGCCUCGCGCCGCACCACGAUGAUCUUUGCCGAUUCUGGUGAGUCGCCGGCCCUGCUUUCCUCCGUGAGCGAAAGCUCCCUCUCGACCUCGGUCUCGACCAUUCCUCCUCCACCCAUCGCCAAGGACAACUUCAAGUACGAUGUGGCACCGCCUACGCCCAACACACCCAACACGCCCAACACGCCGAGCACCCCUGGCACCCCCGGCACCCCCGGCACUCCCGGCACUCCCAUCACACCGAGCGCGCCCAAUGCCAAGGCUUCCAAGGGUCUCUUCUGGACCCGCCACGCUGACCAGCAGUCGGUCAACAAGCGCGCCAUCUCUGGGCCGACAAACCUGGUGCGUCUGGACGAUGCUGCGACCGCGCAGCUCAAGAAGGACCCGUCGGCCCAUCUUGCCAGCGGCGAAAAAUCGCCCGGCGGCAACGAGGGUGCCUUGGCCGACGCACCCGCAAAGGAUAAGGCAACUGGGCACAAAACCAAGCCCGGCUUCCUUGGCAAGCCCUCGGCCUUUGGUAAGAAGGGCGCAGGCGACUCCGAUCCGGCUGCCAAGCACGGCUUGGCCAAGUUCCUGCGUCCUGCGGCCCAGGUGUCCAAGAACACAGCGCCAUUUAUCCCGCAUCCCAACACCAUCAAGCUUGUUCGACGCGGGACCCAGUCGUCGCACACAUCGACCCUGACUCGCCACAUUGGCAAGCGGCCGAUCAGCACCGCCACGCUCGAGAGCUCAGUCUCGUCGCUCAGCACCAUGGAAGAGGUGCCGCUGAUCCUGCGCAAAUGCAUUGCCCUGGUUGAGGACAUUGGCAUGGACUCUGUUGGCAUCUAUCGCAUCUCGGGCACCUCCACGACAGUCGACCGCCUCCGCAAGAUGUUUGACCAGAACCCGCACAAGCAUGGAGGAGGCAGCCCACCUCGACCUCGAUUUCGUCAAAAACAAGGCCAUCAACAAGCCCAAGCAGAUGCUCAAGAAGCUACAGGGCGCUGCGUCCUCGUCUCGAGGCGGUGUGCUCUCCAAGCCCUGGUCGCGCCUGCCAGGACUCCACGGCGGCUCCUCGUCCAUCUUUGACGCCAUGGAAAGUCACAGCGUCUACGACAACGAUGUACACGUGGUGACCAACGU